AUUGGCUAAAACAGCUUUGGGGGUGACAGAAGGAGGCACAGGGGGAGCCAGGUGAGAUGCUCAGGCAGGUACCAAUGAUUCAAAGAAACCUCUGAACAAUCUGAAAAGCACUUUUAUUACGACCAGAGAAUGCAAAGGGGCAGGUGUUUUUCCCCAGUGCACUCCGCUGAGCAAAGAAAUACCAUAGCUUUUUAUACAGUUUGAAAGUAGCAAGUUUAAAAUUACCUAUGCACACACUCUUUUUGCAGUCUGCCUUAUCUAAAUAGACACUUAGUUUUACCUCUUAUUCUUACCAUUAUAGAGUAGUUACAUAAAGUUUUAUAAUUUCAAACAGUUUCAGGUUCCCCACCCCUCUCUACGUGCUAAAAAGCCUUCCCUAUUCUCUAAGCUAUUUUAUCUUAAUUGCCCACAGUUUGGACAGAAACUUUUAAGCAGUUUUACAUUUUGCAAAAUCACACUUACGUAGCUAAAUAGCUAAAUUUUAUUUCAUUUUCUAUUUCACCAACCCCCAUGUGGUUGUGCCAAGCCCUUGGAUGCCCAUUUCUGCUGGCAGGGUGGCAGCAAGGGCCGAAAACAGCCCUUUAGUGGCAUUCCCUGCUCCCCUCCCUGCCGUACUCCUGACGUCUGGAUUGGGGUGACUCCUCCCGCGUUUCCUCAGGAAGAAACCCAAGGCUGGAGGGAGGAAGAGGCCGCACCACGGGAGGGACGGGACAGACGGACGCCGGCGUGGGGCUGGGGAGCCACCAGGACUUGGGCCCUGGUGGUGAUGGGGAGCGUCCAGCCCAUCCUCUGCCUCCAGCUGUGGCUGUGGGUGCACAGCUCUGCCCAGGAGCUCGACCCCGAUGGCAGGAACGUCUGCAGGUUCCCCACCGGCCUGGAGUGCUGCCCUGGCUGGAAGCAGGACGGGCGGGAGUGCACAGUUGCACUGUGUGAGGGGAAGGAUGCCUGUGGGGAGGACGAGGUGUGUGUGAAACCCGGGGUCUGCCGCUGCAAACCCGGCUUCUUCGGAGCAGACUGCAGUUCCCGUGAGUGUUCCCACAGGGCUCAGCCAAUCCCACCAUCACCUUUGCCAGCCUGGAUGCUCCCGGGAGCUGCAGGACUUCCCCCCAUUCCUCACAGUCUCCUUCCCCCCGCAGGCUGCCCCGAGCAGUACUGGGGCCCCGACUGCAAACAGAGCUGCCCGUGCCACCCCAACGGGCGCUGCGACCCGGUGAGCGGGCACUGCACCUGCGACCCCAACCACUGGGGACAGGUCUGCCAGUUCCCCUGCCAGUGUGGCCCCCACGGCCGCUGUGACCCCCUGACGGGCGCCUGCCACUGUGAACCGGGCUGGUGGGCACCCAAUUGCAAGAAGCAAUGUCAGUGCAACCUCGCCAGCUCCCACUGCGACCCUCUGACCGGCCUCUGCCGCUGCCUGCCGGGCUGGUGGGGCAGGAGGUGCAGCUUCAAGUGCUCCUGCUACCACUCUCCCUGCACCCAGGAGACGGGCAAGUGCGAGUGCAAGGCCGGGUUUUGGGGGCCGGCGUGCCAGCGGCGCUGUGACUGCGUGCACGGCUCCUGCAGCCCCGUCACCGGCCACUGCACCUGCGACCCCGGCUACCAGGGCAGGAGCUGCCGGGAGCCCUGUCCGGCGGGGAAAUACGGGUCUCAGUGCGUGCACAGCUGUGGGAGCUGCAAGCGAAGCCAGCCCUGCUCACCCGUGGAUGGCUUCUGCCUGGCCUGCCAGCCUGGUUGGAACGGGACUCUCUGCAAGGAUCCCUGCGCUCCCGGCUUCCAUGGCGAGAGCUGCCUCCAGCCGUGUCCCCGCUGCCAGCGCGGGGAGCCCUGUGACCCUGAGACUGGGUCCUGCCUGCACUGUGAUCCUGGCUGGACAGGACCCAGCUGCAACAACUCCUGCCCCACAGGCACCUUUGGCGAUGGGUGCCAGCUCCUCUGCCCCGAGUGUGUUGCAGGGAGCUGUGAUCCCAUGACAGGAGUUUGCAUCUGCCAGGCAGGCUACUGGGGAGACAGCUGCAAUGACACCUGUCCAGAGGGAUAUUUUGGAGUGAAUUGUUCCGAGCCCUGCCAGUGCUCCCGGGGGACCUGUGACCCUGUGCAGGGUGACUGUGUACUGAGUUUGAAGGACCACGGAGCCCUUGCAGCCGCCAUCCUUGUCCCUCUCCUGCUGCUGCUGCUCUGCGUUGCCUGCUGUUGCUGUGGAGCCAGCCCAGCAGAUGCUAGAGACAGGGCGGCUGUGCCGGACGAUGAUGUCGUGGCCAGGAUGAAGCACCACGUGCAGGGGGUGCUGGCGAACCUCAGUGCUAUGAUGCCCUGCUUCAACCUGGGAGGCUCUAAACUCCCCAAAGUCACAGUGUCCCACCAUGACACGGAAAUCCCCUUCAACCCCAGCUUUAUCGAGUCGCCAUCGGCUGCGUGGGUGUCAGACAGCUCCUUCUCCUCCUUCGACACCGACAACGAGGGACCCGAGUACUCUGUCCCUCCCAGAGAAGGCAUCCCACUGCUGGGGGGGGCUGAGCUGCAGGAUGGGACAUCCCCCCCUGGUGAGGUGCUCCCAGACCCGUCUGCCUUCGACUCCGAGGAUGUGUCCCAGCCCUUCGCCAUCCCUCGCACCUCCAGCAUCGCCAAGGCCAAGCGACCCUCCGUGUCUUUUGCCGAGGGGACAAAAUUUGGGGCAGUGGAGACCCCCAGCCCCAGCUGGAAGCCCAAGACCCCAUGGGGCCCAUCCAAGCUGACCCAAACAGCAGCGGAUGUGGCAGCGGAGCCCCAGAGUGAGCGACCAGCCAGUGAUUGCUACGAGAACCCCGAGCCCCUCAGCAAGGGGGAGGAAAGCCACCGGCCAUCACCACGGGCCACCCCGGGGGGACGCAGGAGGGUGGUCUCCAGCACCAGGCACGUGGCCCAGAGAGUGGAGGCACUGGAAGCAGCUGCAAAAUCUGGCAGCUGGGAGGCGAAGGGGAAAGAGCCCAAUGUCACCACCAUCUACAUGAUGGUGGGAACGGCCGGGCAGGACCCCAAGGCAGAAGGAGGUGGUGAGGGACCGGUCCAGGCUAUGCUGAAGCGUCUGGGCAGCUUGCAGAGGGGCAAGUGGGCUGCCAAGGAGGAGCCCAAGGUGAGGAGGAGCAUGGAGGCCAUCCAGAAACCACCCCGCCGGGCCCUGGCGCAGCGCAGAGACUCGGUGAACAGCUGCAAGCAGAGGGAGAGUGUCCCAGGGGCUCCUGCUGAGCCAUCCCCCAGCAAGCACCAGCAUCCCCCUGCGAAGAGACUGUCCCUCCUUCUUGCAGCUCUCUCAUCAAAAAGCACUGGAGCCCAGGAUGGGGCCAGCGAAGCUGUGGGUGCCACUGAGAGGGGCAAAAGCCCUGAGUUAGUUGUCAGCCUCGAAACAAAGGGACAGGCUGCCAUGGAGGAAGAACCCAAAUACGAGAAUGUGACCAGCAGUGGUGCCAAUUCACCCUCCAGCCCUGGCAAGGAGCUGCUGACCACCCCUGCAGCCACCUGAACCACCACUGCCCGGGCUGGGACAGUGGGAGCCCAGGGGAUGCCUCCAACUCCAUCUUGGGGGGAGCCGAGAUCCCGCUCCGAGCUGUGAACUGGAGAAGCAUCGAGCCUUUCCCUGACCCCCUCUCUUCCCUCUGUGCUGUGUUGCUGGACCCUCGCUGGCUGGCACAGCCGGUGAGAUGGGUGAUGCCAAGAGCCACAGCGGUGGCAGCCUGUGGGAUUGUGGUGCUUCAGAGCUGCUUUCCUGCUCUCCCCUGCCUUACCUGCCACAUCUGUGUCUGCAAAGCCUGGGGGCACAGCUCUGGGUGUGAUGGUGACACCUUCAAGUCCCUGUUGGCAGUGGGGCCUGGGGACAUACAUCCUCUUAAACAGGAGCAGGGCGGCUGGAGGCUCAGCUGGGAAAUGCACAGGCGAGAAAGAGUUUCACCCCAUCGGCUUUUGCUUUUCCCUGUCCCAAUUCCAGUGAUGCUGCUCGGAGCCUCCUGCUAUAAAGGUGCUUCUCGCUGAAGGGGAUUAUUUUGUGGAGCUGGGCUGAGGAGAGAUGAUGGGCUGUCACGAGCAGCUUCAGAGAAAAUUAAUUUUAGCUGCUUAUCUCAAAGGGUAUCUGGGUCUGCAGGGGUUUAUCUGUGUGGCUUCUGUGGCAGGCCCUGGCUGCCUUUGCUUCUAUGUACUUGUGUAGCCCAUGGAAAGGCUUGUGGCACAGCACGGGGUGUAGCCACGGCCUUUUAAACUGCAAUACCAGGCUGCAGUUAUGCAAGAGCAAACGUGGCAGCUGGGCAGUGCCCAUCAACCUGUGCACCUGGCGCCGUGCUGGUCCAGAUAAGGAUGAAAGUUGCAUGGAAAACAAGAUUUCUACGGGUCCCCUGAGCUCCUGCCAUCUCCCACGCCUCAUUCCUGCUGUAAAGGCGGUUGAGAUGUCAAAGAGGAUUUGCAGCCUGAUCUGGUUUU